UUCCUUGUUGUAGGUGCCUCAAAUGUCAUAAUAAUUUUAAUUUCCUAAGAAAAUUAUUAAUUUUCUUUAAUUAUUUAGUUUAUUUAUUAUAUUAAUUCAACCCGUUAACUUUGUAUUUAUGAGUUCUUAUAUUAUUUAUUGAAUAUAAUCUUGUGUCGCGGUGCUGUGUCAUUGAUGUUAGAUGAGCAUUCGUUUCAAGGAUUCUCGAUGUAGAUUUUCAACAAUAAGUGUCGUCCGCGUAAAUGUUAGCGAGUGUCGUACGCCUACGUGAAGUUAAUGCAUUGAUGUGAUGAUAAUUCGUCGAAUGGGAAGUGUUUGAGAGCAAAAUUGAUGGGACAAUGAGCGAGUCGCCAGGCGUGGAGUGGUUGCCUGCGUACAGCCCAGGGCCGCCGCGCCACAGCCCCCUGGGCCCCAUUCCGCGCUUCUUAUACGAAGAUGUGCAGCCGCUGGCACUCCAGCAGGAGAACAACAAUAAGGAGGAGCAGAAAGAGAACACGAAUAAGAUAAAACACGCAAAGCCAGCGUACAGUUACGCGAGCAUGAUAAGAUUAGCAAUCAGCAGCUCUCCCAACGGCAAGAUGACUCUCAACGAGAUAUACACGUACAUAUGCAACGCCUUCCCCUAUUACAAGGAGGCCGGCAAGGGGUGGAUGAAUUCGAUAAGGCACAACCUGUCGCUGAACAAGUGUUUCAUGAAGGUGGCGCGGAGUAAAGACGACCCCGGCAAGGGCUCCUACUGGGCGAUGGACAACAGCUACAAAAUGGCGGAGGUCACGCCGCGCCGGCGCAGGAGUUUGCGGAUGGCACCGUACAGUCCGGAGUGCAGCUCGAACAGCAGCGGGGAGGCAGGCGCGGCGCUGGCGGGGGCGGAGGCGGCGCCCACGCCUCCCGCCACGCCCACCACACCCACCACGCCCACGACCCCGACCUCGCCCACUGUGCUACAGGUCAAGGAGGAGCUGGUGGUCAAAGAGGAACCAGGGUCAAAACAUACGGACGACGCACUGACGGCACUUAUGAACGAAGAACUCAUGGCUGAUGUCGAUAUUAUUAGAGGCGGCGCGGGGUCGUGGAGCGCGCGCGUGCGGCGCCACGUGUGCGGCGCGCGGGGCCACGCCGCGCUCACCGACGACUACGGCAACUUCCUCGUGCAGCGCCUCGACGACUGCGACUGCCCCGCCGACGACGACGACGAGCCGCCGCGCGCCGCGCCCGCGCCCGCGCCCUACUGGCACCACGACACAUUAUAACACCGCCAGCCGCACUGCUGACCGCCGGGCGCGGGCUUGUGUGGCUCGAGGGACAUGUGUUCCCGAACGCGCCGGGAGAGAUGAUACCUGCACGCGUUCACGUCUCAUGCGAUGUUAAUGUUUCAUUUCGAGCGAUUUUUUUGAAUCAAUUUUUAAUGUCGACGCCAUCUAGCGAGACUCGAUGGAACGACUGUUACCAACUUGUAUAAAUGUGAAUUGUUGAAUUUUUCACGUUGACGAUUUGGUCUACACGUUGGUUCCUUUUGAACCAACUUUCUAUACUAUUGCGGUUGUUGACAAUUUGACAAACAUUCGCCUCGGUUUUCCGACAGUGGUUUUGUUACUCAAGUGGAACUCGGCUCGAAACAUAUGACGAGAAUCAAUAACAUAUCUGCCAAUAUUAUUAAUACGUGGAAAUCUAUGAUAUAGGCUAGACGUAGACACCCUAGGGUGAAAUAUUCAUUUGUUAUACACAGGGUGAUGCGAAAUGUGGACGGACCGACAACUGAUACGGGGUGUUACUUAAAUAAAACCA